GCAGGGAGAGAAACUAGCUACGAGAGCGUGAGCCAGGCUUGGGGACUCGGGAGCGCGCGGCUCUGAAUAAUCGUCAGCGUGGAACAAAAUAGAAGAACCGUCCCGACAGCGAAGCAUGGAGACGAUAAAAAACUACGAUUAUUAAUUAUUAAAUAUGAAUAUCGAGCCAAGACUGGAGUCUGUACAAGCCGGGGGUCUGCCUUGAAAGCAAAAAACGCCACAGACGGGUAGAUCGCAUUCGGGUUAUUAUAUAACAACAGACAAUACAGUCAUAUUUUGUAAUACCAGGGCGCAUAUUUAAAUUGAAUCCUUGGCUAGAAAAACAAAAACCAAAAAAAAAAAAAAAAAACCACAAGCUUGUAAAAUAAUAGCCAGGAGCACAGCAUAGCAUCAUAUAUGUAUGGCACUGCUGCUGUAAAUGCAAUGUCAUUAACAAAGAUGUGAUGUUUGCUGUUAUUGUACCGGUAAUAUAGCAAAACUGUAAACAUCUGUACAAAAAUACAUCCUGUGUAUUUGAAAUUUGGAUUGGUUAACGGCCAACUGUCAGCUUCGUUUUUAGUUAUUCUGAACAGCGUACAUACUCGGUACUUCCUCAAAACAGGUCUGUACCGGAUUCUGUAUUAUUUUCAUCAGUGCGAAUUAUUCCAUGACUGAAUACGACCAAACAAUCAAUAAACACGACAAUAGUGGUAUAGGUGUUUGAAAAAAAACAAAAAAAAGCAACGACUUCAUUGCGAAAUUGGCUGUACACCUUCAUAUUUACAACAACACUCAUAUGUUUGCAGGGUGUCUCGUUCAAAUCUGACAAUGCAGUACUAGUAGUACACGUGAUGUUUGGCUAAUAUUUUGCAAUAUAUGCAAUUUAGUACUUUUAAUCUGCUGAAAUGUAUUAUUAUUAAGCUUGUCUAGCAUCAUUGUGAUUACGUUUUUAUUUUAUUAAAAUACACGCACAAAUACAUAUAUGGCGAAAAGCGUGCCAUAAAUGUUAGUGUUUAGUUUGAAAUAGGCUUGUGGCCGGAACUAUAUAAUUGUAAUUAUUAUACAAGCAACAUAAAGCCAAAUAUUUUAAUUGUUGUUAUUUUAUAAUUUGACAAGGCAUUCGCUAUUUUAUUUUUCUUAUUAAAAAAAUAAAUGAAAAAGCUGCUAUUUAGUUAACAUGUCUUCUAUAUGAAAUUGUUUUACAUUUUAAAUGCGUGUUUGGUUGCUAUGUUACAAUAAAAAGUCUACAAAAUAGUAUUAUAGUGCAUUAAGAAACUACAGUAUUUUGUUUUGGUUACAGGACGUAACGGUAAAUCCAUUCAAAACAGUAUUCGGGCAUAUCUGUUUACCUUUUCUCAAUAGUAAUAAUAAUAACCUUUAAAGCCAACCACAUUGUUUACAAUAUUGUUAUAAAAAACAAAACGACAAGUAAAAUAUUAGCCGUACUCUGACAUUACAUUGCUAAAAAUAAUAUUAAUAAUAUCACCCCGUCUGUGGUUGGUUCGCGAUAUUCCUGUGAUUCGGGUCUGAAUUUGGUCGUUUUAAUUGAUAUUAGUACCGGUACGGCAUACAACAUAAACAUGGCCUCGGUUCGGUUCACCGUGACGCCGACCAAAGCGGAGGACGUACCGGGCCUGCCAGACACCUCCCCCGAUGUCAGCUCGCGGUCCAGUUCGCGGGUACGGUUCGGCUCCCGGGAGAGUGUGAGUCGGAGCGAGCCGCUGAGCGAGGGGUCCGGAGCGCUCACCACGUCUGUCGGCACAACCGGAGCUGAAACGCCCGAUAGGAGCGCCGUGGGGACCGAACCAGUCGACAGUCACCCAAAGGCUUCCAAUCUCUACAUCAAUAACUCUCACUAUGUGGAUGAUGAUGACUUCUAUGAUCGAAAUCUGGCUCUGUUUGAGGAAGAGAUGGACACUCGGCCCAAAGUGUCGUCUCUCCUCAGCCACCUGGCGAAUUACACCAACCUGACGCAGGGCGCCAAGGAGCAUGAGGAGGCGGAGAGCAUCGAGGGGGACAAGAGGAAACCCACCAAGUCUCCUAAGAUGGGCACCUUCAUGGGCGUGUACCUGCCCUGCCUUCAGAACAUCUUCGGGGUGAUCCUGUUCCUGAGACUCACCUGGGUGGUGGGGACGGCCGGCGUGCUCCAGGCUCUGCUCAUCGUGCUAAUCUGCUGCUGCUGUACCCUGCUUACAGCCAUUUCUAUGAGUGCAAUUGCAACCAAUGGGGUGGUGCCAGCGGGCGGUUCAUACUUCAUGAUCUCUCGUUCUCUGGGUCCUGAGUUUGGGGGUGCGGUGGGUCUGUGUUUUUAUCUGGGCACCACCUUCGCUGGAGCCAUGUACAUCCUGGGAGCCAUCGAGAUCUUCCUGAUGUACAUCGUCCCUGCAGCUGCUAUCUUCCGCUCGGAGAGUGAGGACGGCGAGGCGGCUGCGAUGCUCAAUAACAUGCGAGUGUACGGGACGUGCUUCUUGGUGCUCAUGGGGCUGUUGGUGUUCGUGGGGGUGAAGUACGUCAACAAGCUGGCCUCGCUGUUCCUGGCCUGUGUGGUCAUCUCCAUCCUGUCCAUCUACACCGGGGCGUUCAAGUCAGCCUUCGCACCGCCCCACUUUCCGGUGUGCAUGCUGGGUAACCGCACCCUGUCUCAUGUGGAGAUGAGCGUCUGUGCGAAGUCGGUGAUCCGUGACAACGAGACGGUCCCCACGAGGCUCUGGAGCUCCUUCUGCCAGGCCCUUUCCUCCUCCUCCUCCUCCUCCUCUUCCUCGCUGCUCAACGCCACCUGUGACGAGUACUUCAGCCAGAGCAACCUGACUGAGAUCCAGGGCAUCCCGGGGGUCGCUAGCGGGGUCAUAGCAGAAAACCUGUGGAGUGCUUACCUCAGCAAAGGGGAGGUGCUUGAGAAGGGAUCCCUCCCCUCUCCCGCUGUUUCAGGAUCCCCGUCCAAUCGCUUUCCGUACGUGUUCGCUGACAUCACCACCUCAUUCACUCUGCUGGUUGGCAUAUUCUUUCCGUCUGUCACAGGGAUCAUGGCUGGCUCCAAUCGAUCAGGUGAUCUGAAAGAUGCUCAAAAAUCCAUUCCCCUCGGAACCAUCCUGGCAAUUCUGACAACUUCCCUAGUUUAUCUGAGUAACGUUGUUCUGUUUGGGGCCUGUAUUGAAGGUGUAGUAUUGAGAGACAAGUUCGGAGAUUCGGUGCAGGGUAACCUUGUCGUUGGAAUCCUGUCUUGGCCCUCCCCCUGGGUCAUUGUGAUUGGCUCUUUCUUCUCCACCUGUGGGGCGGGGCUACAGAGUCUGACCGGAGCGCCCAGACUUCUGCAGGCCAUAGCGAAGGACAAUAUCAUCCCGUUUCUCAGGGUAUUCGGUCAUGGCAAAGCGAAUGGUGAGCCCACCUGGGCCCUGUUGCUGACUGCUCUGAUUGCAGAGCUGGGGAUCCUCAUUGCCUCUCUGGACCUGGUGGCUCCAAUCCUGUCCAUGUUUUUUCUGAUGUGCUACCUGUUUGUAAACCUGGCCUGCGCUGUACAGACUUUACUACGAACCCCCAACUGGAGACCGAGAUUCACAUACUAUCACUGGACGCUGUCGUUUCUCGGAAUGAGUAUCUGUUUGGCGCUGAUGUUCAUCUCAUCCUGGUACUACGCCAUCGUUGCCAUGGUGAUCGCAGGCAUGAUCUACAAGUACAUUGAAUAUAAUGGAGCUGAGAAGGAGUGGGGAGAUGGGAUCAGAGGCCUGUCUCUCAGUGCUGCUCGCUACGCUCUGCUCAGACUAGAAGAAGGGCCUCCCCACACCAAGAACUGGAGACCUCAGCUCUUGGUCCUGUUGAAGCUGGAUGAAGACCUCCAUGUAAAGUACCCUCGGCUCUUGACUUUUGCCUCUCAGCUGAAGGCCGGUAAGGGUUUGACCAUCGUGGGAUCGGUCAUCGUUGGGAACUUCCUGGAGAGCUACGGAGAAGCGCUGGCGGCCGAACAGACUCUGAAGCAUCUCAUGCAGCAGGAGAAGGUGAAGGGCUUCUGCCAGCUGGUGGUAGCAGUGAAGGUGAGGGAGGGCAUCUCACACCUCAUUCAGUCCUGCGGUCUGGGAGGCAUGAAGCACAACAGCGUGGUGAUGGGCUGGCCGCAGGGCUGGAGGCAGAGCGAGGACCCCCGAGCCUGGAAGACCUUCAUCAACACUGUGCGCUGCACCACGGCCGCUCACCAGGCCCUGCUGGUCCCCAAGAACAUCUCCCUGUUCCCCUCGAACUCGGAGCAGCUCUCGGAGGGCAGCAUCGACGUGUGGUGGAUCGUGCACGACGGGGGCAUGCUGAUGCUGCUGCCCUUCCUGCUGCGCCAGCACAAGGUGUGGAAGAAGUGUCGCAUGCGGAUCUUCACAGUGGCUCAGAUGGAAGACAACAGCAUCCAGAUGAAGAAGGACCUGGCCACCUUCCUGUACCAGCUGAGAAUGGAGGCUGAGGUGGAGGUGGUGGAGAUGCACGACAGUGAUAUCUCAGCCUACACUUAUGAACGAACCCUGAUGAUGGAGCAGAGAUCCCAGAUGCUGAGGCAAAUGAGGCUGUCCAAAUCUGACAGGGAGAGAGAGGCAGCGCUGGGGGAUUCAAGCAGGAAAGUGUCAGAUGCCUUCCCUUCACGACCCUACCUCAGCGACAGUACUAGAAACAUUCAGGCUCAGUUAGUGAAGGACAGGAAUUCGAUGCUCCGCUUGACCAGUAUCGGCUCGGACGAUGAUGAUGAGACGGACAGUGGUGCCGGGGGUCCGGAGCGGACUGACCGCGUCCACAUGACCUGGACCAAGGAGAAGCACCUGGCCUCGCGGGGGGUCAAAGCGGGGGGGGGGAGCGGCACCCCAGAGGGGUUCAGAGACAUGCUGAGCAUCCGUCCUGACCAGUCGAAUGUGCGCCGCAUGCACACAGCAGUGAAGCUGAAUGAGGUCAUCGUCAACAAGUCCCAUGAUGCUCGCCUCGUGCUGCUCAACAUGCCGGGACCUCCCCGCAACCCAGAGGGGGACGAGAACUAUAUGGAAUUCCUUGAAGUUUUAACAGAAGGUCUAGAACGAGUGCUAUUGGUCAGAGGAGGAGGAAGUGAGGUCAUCACGAUUUAUUCCUAAUAUUUGCCCAGCAACAGGGGUGGGGCCAAUAGAACAUGAAGAGGCGGGGCUUAAAGAGGAGUCCUUACCCUCUUUGUUUAAGCCCCUCCCACACUUCGACACUUUAAAAAUGAUUACAUAUAUUGAAGACGGAGGGACAUUUUUUGUUUAAAAAAGGGAUUUCUUUGUUGUUUUUGUCUUUUUAAAGUUGAACGCACUUCUAAAUGUCUUCAAUAAAAAUGCAUUUUUCUUUUUA